CCAUUGACAGAAGAAGUACUCUCUCUCUCUCUCUCUCUCUCUCCAUAGAAACCUAGUCUCAUCUUUGAGAGCUGAAUUAGUAAACCCUAAUCAAAAAGCGAGGAUGGGUAGAGGAAAGAUAGUGAUAAGGAGGAUCGAUAACACCACGAGCAGGCAGGUGACUUUUUCAAAGAGAAGGAACGGGCUAUUGAAGAAGGCAAAGGAGCUGGCGAUUCUGUGCGAUGCAGAAGUAGGUCUGGUCAUCUUCUCCAGCACUGGCAAGCUUUAUGAGUUAGCCAGCACCAGCAUGAAAACAAUAAUUGAACGGUAUAAUAAAUCCAAAGAGGAACAUCAUCAACUUCAUAAUCAAGAUUCAGAAGUCAAGUUUUGGCAAAGGGAAGCAGCGCUCUUGAGGCAACAACUACACAACUUACAAGAAAAUCAUAGACAAUUGAUGGGAGAAGAACUUUAUGGUUUGAGUGUCAAAGAUCUACAAAAUCUUGAGAACCAAUUGGAGACAAGUUUGCAAGGUGUCCGCAUGAAAAAGGACCAGAUUCUAAUUGAUGACAUACAAGAGCUAAAUCGAAAGGGAAACAUCGUACAUGAAGAGAAUAUUGAACUCUACAAGAAGGUAAACCUCCUUCGUCAAGAAAAUGUGGAGUUGUAUAAAAAGGCACAUGGUUUCCUGUCUCAGGUUUAUGACACAAGGGAUGUGAUAGCGGUGACUGGAAGCACCCACAAUUCAUAUGGUUUCAGCAUCGGAGAGGACUCAUAUGUGCCAAUCCAUCUACAGUUAAGCCAGCAACCACAGAAUCAUGAGAUACCAGCAAGGGCUAGGAGAUCCAGGUGAACACGCUUGUUCCAUCUCAAGAUGACCAGACCUCUUGUUCUGUGAAGACGUUCCGACUAUUUGCAUUCAAUUGAUGUGUACUUCUGUAUCAAACUUUAACUAAAAAGUACAUAAUGAUGGUAGCCAUCAUUUAUCGAUGCUACCCAGCAUUUACUCCAUGGAGUAUGUUGUGCAUAAAAAAAAUGCCACUCUGCACAUAUAAUGCAGAGCUGAGGUCUGUAUCAAGUCUCCUCCCUCCCAACUCCCUCAAUUAACAACUGCAUGCCACAAGCAACGUUAUAAGGCUCUGUUGUGAAUGCUAUGAACUACUAUUCUGUAUUUACAGAAUGGUGUACCAUUAGAGAAGUCUACGUUGUGAGGGUUUGUGGUUAUUUCAACUUUUCAUUUAUGUUGGUUUUUUGUUCCGAGGCUUUGUGUGGUCAGAAAGGUUAUGAGGUUUUGUGUUAUGAGGUUAUGAGGUUUUAUGGCCAGGAAGGUUAUGAGGUUUUAUUUCGAGGCUUUGUGGUCAGAAAGGUUAUGAGGCUUUGUGGUUUGUUGUGAGGGUUUUGUGAUCAGAAAGGUUAUGAGGUUUUGUGGUGUAGUAUAACAUUAUGUGGUGUUAGUUAAGAAUCGUUGUGGUGUAGCUACGACCGUGCGUAUGCAAUUCACACUAUUAUGGGCGAGUAUUGUAGCCUUUACCCUAUUGACAAGGACCAACACCAUCCAAUGUCCUUUUGCUUAUCUUGCAAACAGCAGCAGAACGGCAUCUCGUUGAUGUACAUUGGUCAUACAACUGAUACAAGACCCAACAAGAGUAAAUCGCGUAUAUCCUAUUUGAACAACAGUAAAGUACCAUUGGCAGAAGAGUGGAGAAAAUUACAUUUUAUGUCCACUUCAAAGAUCAUCCAAAAGAAGGAAACUGUAAAGAAAGCUUCAGGUUCCAACGGCCUUUUUUUCCCCUGUUUUUAACUUCCAAAACUACUGAUGUCUGAACGUUUUUACAUAUAUCCUUCUCUUUUACGUUCCAACAUAGUAAAUCAGGCAGGCAAGCAGGCUCAGGAACAUCAAGCUCUAUGGCAUUUUUGCUUUUGAUUUUUCUACAUAUCUACCUUUUUUACUACAACCAAAAGAAGAGGGGGAAAACAGG